UGAAAGCAAUUGUUGCCAAGUGGAGUUUGUACCGUUGGCUUGGACGAAUGGUAAAGAAACUAAUAAGCGGUCCCUGGGGAAAGCACUCCUAUACAGGCACGAUAUUGGAGCCACAACGUGAUCAGCCUCUGCUCAGAUUAUUGUCCUUAUAAUAGCAUUUGGCUUUGUAUUCGACGUAACUAACGUGAGGGGGUUGGCACAGGCCAGAAUGCUACUGCAUCGUCAGUCAACACAUCCUGCACACUGUCUACUGGCACUGCUGCUAAUGGGAGGGUUGUGUGCUGUUUCAGGCAAAAGCACAUGCACUCCUGAAUCUGGACGUUUUUGGGCGGAAGAGCGAAGCAUGUCAAAACCAAUCGUAUUUCCACCACCGCCUGAGUCUACUGGGUCGACAGCCACAGAUCUUGUGUGGACGUUCAACUUCAGCCACGAAUGCACGCUCCUCUUAGAGAAUAUCGAGUUUUCCUUCAAAGGUGCUUGCACAUUCCAACUUCAUAAUAUAGACUACAGCUGGGUUGGACUGAACAACACCUUCGUACAAAUUUCAGGCCCGGUGAAAUCGAGUACGAUCAAUGUGAAUGAACGCACCGCCACUGUGAUGGGUCAACCAAAGGACACAAAUGAUGGCAGUCGAUACUUUACAGUCACUGCCAAAGGAAACGAGAAUACUGAAUGUGCCGUUGAAAGCCUCGUGUUGCGCACUGAAGAUGUGGAUGAAUGCAAUUCCACGCAACAAAGUGGUACACUCUGUCCAUCGAACAAGACAUGUGUCAACAUGAUUGGGACUUACGGUUGCUGCAGUAGAGACAGGGAUCAUGACUACCCUGAUGACUCCCAACUUGUCACGCAUAACGGACAUUACCGUCCGUGUACUUCGCAGACCACUGCAUUCAGCACAGAAACAAGACCUACAACUAGUACAAGCAGAGCGUGGACAACCGGUAAGAAUGACAUACACGGGACAACCGGAAAGAAUGACAUACACCGGACAACCCGUAAGAAUGACAUACACGGGACAAUCGGUACGAAUGACACACAUGUAACUAGCGCGAUUGCGCUGACAACGAACGACGCUAUUGCGUUCGGGCACCAGCAUACCAUAGCUGCCAUUGCCAUAUCUUGCUCUUCCCUUGCACUGUUCGUAAUUGUGCUUUUAGCUAUAUGGCAGAGGGGUUAUCUUAGCAACUCUGCCACGGGAUUUGUCUGAACCGAUUCGUGAGGAUAGCCGUACAAUGGAUACAUGUACUAUGAGUAGGGGCAUUUCGUGCAUAUUUCUUCUCUUUCUCAGCCUGCGGACAGCACUGUUUCGUCCUUUGUGAACUCAUCAGCGCAGCAGCUCUUUUUCUAUACAGUGUGUUGCUAUUUUUGUCGUCGUCAUUGCCGUUGAUGUAUUUUUGUUGUUGCUGCUGCUGUUUCAAAUCUUUAUUCUCACGAAAGCAAGUAGAGAUACAUGACAUUGUAGCUGUUUUUAGGUUGUUGUGGCUGUGUUUUUUUUUAAUUUGAAUUCUUCAUUCUCAUGAUGGCACCAUCGCGAACAAGAGUGGUUGUUGGUGUUGUUGUUGUUAUUGUUGUCGUUGUUGUCGCUGCUGCCAUUGAUAUUGUUGCUUUUUUUCAUCGUCAUUCAUAGUCAUGCAUAUACAGUGUAAUUCACCCAGCCACCGGACAUUUACUGCCUUUUCAUUGUCUUUUUUUAAAUAGUUCUGACAGAUUUUGAAACCACCAUUGGUCUCGCUUGCUGGUACCAUGCAAUACUUAUUAUUAUCUAACUGCAAUGACCAUAUGUUCCUUA